GGCUAUACUCCAACUGUGAAAGAAGGAAGCUAGCUAGCGCCAUGGCCAGAACCAAGCAAACCGCUCGCAAAUCCACCGGUGGCAAAGCACCCAGGAAGCAGCUCGCCACCAAGGCUGCACGCAAGAGCGCCCCGGCCACCGGUGGCGUGAAGAAGCCUCACCAUUACAAGCCCGGCACCAUGGCUCUGCGAGAGAUCCAUCGUUACCAGAAGUCCACUGAGCUGCUGAUCCGCAAACUGCCCUUCCAGCGCCUGGUGAGAGAAAUUGCCCAGGACUUCAAGACCGACCUGCGCUUCCAGAGUUCUGCCGUGAUGGCCCUGCAGGAGGCUAGCGAGGCUUACCUGGUCGGCCUGUUCGAGGACACAAACCUGUGCGCCAUCCACGCCAAGAGGGUGACCAUCAUGCCCGAGGACAUCCAGCUGGCCCGUCGUAUUCGCAGAGAGCGCGCUUAAACGAUGACCUGAUCUCCAAAAUCCCCCAAAGGCUCCUUUAAGAGCCACCUCCAUAUUUCCGUCAAAAAGGCACAAUUGUUCCAUUUCCCACCAUGUAUGUUGUCGACGAACACAUCACGUUCCCUGCUCUUGAGUCACUACAGACCGUGGUUCGAUUCCAGGCUGUGUCACAACCGGCCGUGAUUGCAAAUAAGAGUUGGUUCUUAACUGACGUGACUAGUUAAAUAAAGGUGACAUCGAAAGAAAAGCGACGUAUUGCACGUUUUACUUGGCGGAAUUGUAGCUUCGAUAUGAUCUGCUAAAGAGAGAGUGAUGUGAACACAUGUAUGCCUAGAGUAGAACAGUCAAAGAUUUUACAAAGGAGUGUGGAUUGAGAUUGCGUCAUCUGUGGAUCUGUUGGUGCGGUAUGUGAAUUGGAGUGGGUCUAGGGUAUCUGGGAGGAUGCUGUUGAUGUGAGCCAUGACCAGCCUUUCAAAGCUCUUCAUGGCUACCGACGUGAGUGCUACGGGGCGGUAAUCAUUUAGGCAGGUUACCUUCGCUUCCUUGGGCACAGGGACUAUGGUGGUCUGCUUGAAACAUGUAGGUAUUACAGAAUCAGUCAGGGAGAGGUUGAAAAUGUCAGUGAAGACACUUGCCAGUUGGUCCGCGCAUUCUUUGAGUACACGUUCUGGUAAUCCA